CGGGCCGCAGCCGCGCAGACACCGCCCGCGACGCAGCCGCCUGCCGCUCCUCUGCCGCCUGGCUCGGCGCCUCGGCCGGCUCUGCCGCAGCGGCCGCGAGGAGGGGCCACCGGGGCGCGACUCGGGACGCUCGGGCCACCGCCCGGCCGUCGGAGCCACCGCCAGGCCUCGCGGAGAGGCGCCCACACGCUCCCGCCGUCCGGACCCUUGGCCAAGCCCGCAGCCACCUGCUCCGCGCCCGCGCCUAGGACAUGAUGCGCUCCGCGCUGGUGCUCUCGGCGCUUUUGCUGCUGCUGCCGCUGCCGCUCUUCGGUAAUGGAGAUGACACACAACCAAGAACCACGACAAUGCCAAGUGUCAGCUCAACCUCUCAGAAACUACCCAAAGAAACCACUUCUCAGAAGCCGGAUUUAACCACAGUCACACAAAGUAAAACCCCGACAUCUAAUGUGAAAUCCGCUGAGAAAUCCAAUGUGACACCCACUGUCACUAUAGCGCUGACUGGCGUACCCACGUCUAAAACAUCUGUCACAAGUGCGGUACCAACUUCAGCCCAGAAAAACACAAUUGACGCAGCCAAUAACACCCCUCUUGUAACUACUAAAGAUCCUACAACCGCAUCAGCCACCGUCUCAACAAAUCCUAAAAACAUGAGCAGCCAGAAUCCAAUUAAUGAUUCACCCCCAUCCAGAAUCCCAACUACCCCCAGUGUGACCACAGGCAGCGUGACCACUAAGGAAGGCGAUCAGAUAAUCUCCACAUCUCCAUAUCCGAAUAUCACCCGAGGCAUCUCUCCUACUCUGUCUUCCUCGACCACCCUCGAAAGCACUCAGCAGCCUAGCAGGGGCUGUGUGACUUUGGCCCCUGGGACCUCAGAGCCCACAAGGAGCUCCACGGAGGAAUCAAACAAAAUGACUGUAACUACAAGUUCAGGCAGGAUGACAAGUCCCACCUUCACAGCUCAGGUGACCCCACUGAAACCACAGGUCACCGUCAAAGGAACUCAACACACCUCCAGGGAGACGCCAGCUGUCACUGUCAGCGCUGGAGCUCAGCAACCUACAGGCUCUUCACUGGGACCUGGGACCACAACUCUCGUCAGGAGAGCCACCACCUCCAGCAUUCAGUUGACGUCAAAUGCCCCCCAAAGCUCCAGCACCCAUUCUCCCACCUCAGUCAUUCCAACAAAUAUAGGGCAGAUCCAGUGCCAUCCUCAUGAAAAGCUGAAUGGGAGCAAACUCUCCCUGAACAUUUCGGGAGUCAACAGCUGUAACACAGUGGCUUCGAAUCACAAACUGGUCGAGGUGUUGUGCCAAGCAGUAAAACCCUCCUUCAACAAAACUCAAGAUGAGUGCCAUAUAGAGAUAGCUCUUGGUUCACGUGCCCAGGAGGUGGACAUCAAACACAUUACUAUCAUCACAAAGCUCCAUCCCACGGACAUUUAUAAAUUGCUGAAAGACGACUGGGACAAGCUAGAAGACGUGGGCAUCAGAGACAUGCAGUUUGAGGGUCAAGGACCACCAGAAGAGAUGGAGGACCGGUUCAGCAUGCCCCUGAUCAUCACUAUUGUCUGCAUGGCAUCCUUCUUGCUCCUGGUGGCGGCCCUCUAUGGCUGCUGCCACCAGCGCCUCUCCCAUAGGAAGGACCAGCAACGACUAACAGAGGAGCUACAGACGGUGGAGAAUGGUUACCAUGACAAUCCGACACUGGAAGUGAUGGAGACCUCAUCAGAGAUGCAGGAGAAGAAGGUGGCGAACCUCAAUGGGGAGCUGGGGGACAGCUGGAUCGUGCCUCUGGACAACCUGACCAAAGAUGACCCUGAAGAGGAAGACACACACCUCUAAUCGGGGCUGCCGGCGGUCUCCAACGGUGCAGAGCUCCAGCCCAACCACCUCAAGUGCCACUUGUGAGGGGAGGAGGAAGAUCCUUCCCCUUAGAGGGAAAGACUGGGGUAGGAGAGCAGACUCGGAGGGUCCCCUCCCCCCAGUCCCCACAGGCCUUAAUUUUUCCCUUUUCAAGCUGAACAAAUCACAUUCUGUGUAGAAUCCUCUUGUAGAAUAACCCACUAGUGCCUGAGAGCAGUGCUGCUGGGAGAACAGGAAAGAGCCAUCCAUAGAAGGGACUUUUCAAGACCAUCUACUAGCCUCCAUUCACA